AUGGCGACGGCUCCAGUGGCCCAGAACAACUUCUUCCUUUGGGGCACUUGGAAGAACAGGGUCAUUUCGAAGCCCUUCCUCACCAAGAAGGUCCCCGGUCAGCUCAAGAAGGUGGUGUUGGGGGACAGCUUUGUGCUGGGCCUCACUGAGAAUGGCAAGGUGGUCUCCUGGGGCAAGGACAUGAAGACGGGAUGCCUCGGACUGGGCUACGAUGACUCGGGUGCUCCGGUGGUGAACCGCGACGUACCUCAGGAGGUGCCGAAGCUCAAGGAGGUGGUGGACCUCCAGAUGGGCCCCGAGCACGUGGUGGCGCUCACUACCACCGGGGAGGUCUUCACCUGGGGCACUGGCAGCAAGGGCCAGUUGGGCACCGGCAAGAUGGAUACCGUCUACGUGCCCGCCAAGGUGGAAGCUCUGAGCAACGAGCAGGUGGUGCAGAUCCUGGUGGUGCGGAACUCGACCUUUGCUCUUUCCACCAACGGGACCGUUUUCGCCUGGGGCGACAACAAGGACAACAUCCUGGGCCUGGAAGAAGACUCCAUGAAGAAGAUGGUGGUGGAGUGGCCGCUGAAGCUGACGUUGCUGCAAGAGACCCGGGUUCGCAAGUUGGAAGUCUUUGAUGGCAAGACCAUCAUCGCACACAUCCGGGGCUCGGACAGCGAGACGAACUACGGCCGCUUUGAGACUGUGCAGGAGGAUGGUGGCCAGGAGGAGGUGGAGGAGAUCGAGAUCUUCAACGGCAUCGACGAGAUGCGGAAGGUCAUGGAAAAGACUCAGGAGUGGUGGAACCACUUGUUGAACAUCAAGCACGGCCAGCCCUACGACUUGCCGCAGGACGCCAACUUGAGCAUGGCCAAUCAGAAUCCCAACCAAGUGGGAGCGACAAUACAGGACGAUCUGGAGGUGGAACCCGAACGGCUACAUCGCGCCGAGAGGCACCUGGACGCGCUGGUCACGGCGGCGGUGACGGAGCUGCGGCGCACGCAGCAGAUGCCCGGCACGAGGAACGUGCGCUUUAUCCUGUGCAUGUUCAUCGACGAGUGUCGCUUAAGAAGAGAAAAGGUGCAGCGCACCAUCGCGGCGCGGCAGCUGAAGGACGCGAAGGCCAAGGCCUCGGCCAUCGUGGCGUACUCCGUGAAGGAUUUUAGCUCCAACGCCAACGAGCUCAUACGUCGAAUCAUUGCAGACACCAAGGAGCUGCAGCAGAUGCUUGACGCGGUAAAGACCAUCCAGCCAGUGGACGUGCCCAGCCGCGAGCUGAAGGCGACGCUGGUGGAGUGCCUGGAGUGCAAGUUGCAGCUCCUGGACAGCCAGGUGGAGCUGCUCAAGGCCACGGAAGGGAAGCUCUGCGAUCCCAUGCUGCCGGCGCUCCGCAUCAUCAAGGCCCGGGGAAAUUUGAGCGAGCCUAGGAGAGGCUCAUCCCCAAACUGA